GAGGAGAUACAGUAGUUUCCUGUAGAGCUGGAUUAUCGUUUUAUGGAUUAUCUCGGCGAUUAAUGUUCUUUAUAAAUAACUGGGUUAAGAUUGCGUUGGUUUAAUUUAAAACGCGCAAAAGUGAACAACGUGUUACCUCAAACCGCGUGUAGCCUAAUGUUUUGGAUGCGCCAUAACAAUGACUGCGCAUUAAAUCUCCAAUGAUGUCGAAUAGGGGAGACUUUUAUAUUUAAAUAUCAUUUUUUUUAUACCACUAAAGAGAAAUAUCUUUGCAUGACACAUACUGCACACAUCGGUUAAAGACGGAUCAAUUGGGAAAUGCACUCCAUAGUGGAGCUCAAAGGUGAAAAGUGUGGAUAUUGCUGUGGCUACUGUGGGAGCGCAUGGGGUAAAGCGUCAUUUGGCAUGUGGUCCCAUACUAUGACUGUUAAGGACUACCAAGAUCUCAUUGACAGAGGAUGGAGAAGAAGUGGCAAAUAUGUUUACAAACCUACUAUGAAUAAAACCUGCUGCCCACAGUACACCAUCAGGUGCCAUGCCUUGAACUUCCAUCCAUCAAAAACUCAUAAAAAGACCUUGAAGAGGAUGAACAAAUUCCUUUCCAAAGGAGAGAGGCCUGUUGAACAGAAUGAUGUUGGACAUGAAGGAGAGCCUAUGGACUCAAUGCAUGAAGGCGUUCAUCCUCCUCCUCAAGACCCUCUGAAGAUAGACCUCACUGAUGUAGAGGAUAUCUUCACCAGUCCUGACCCAAACACCGACACCAAAUCAACCACAUCAUCAACUUCCAGAGAAGACGCAGCACCUGUCCAAGCAGACAAAACCUCAAAUGAUGCACCUAAACCAGGUAAGGGAGCCGACCCCAGCAGACCUCUGUGUCGAAAAGCUAAGGACAUUAGGAAAGAGCGACGACUUCAAAAAGAGCAACAGAAGCAACAAGCAACCUCCUCGAUUCCCGCCCCCUCAAAAUCUGCAUCUAAUCAGCCCAAAUUAUUGGAGGAAUUCAUUUCUGAGUUCUUACCGAAUGACCCUCUCCACCGUUUAGAGGUGAGGCUAGUGCCAGUCAGAUUUGAGGACCCGGGCUUCCUGGCAUCCUACAAGCAAUCAGCGGCGCUGUACGCCUGCUACCAGAUGACCGUUCACGGCGACCCUCCGUACGAGUGCGGGGAGAGCGAGUUUAAAAGAUUCCUCUGUGACUCGCCAUUAGAGGCUGAGUCAGCUCCUGAUGGUCCUGAUAUGGGCUAUGGCUCGUUCCAUCAGCAGUACUGGUUGGAUGAUAGAAUAGUUGCUGUGGGUGUUCUGGACAUUUUGCCUUCCUGUGUGUCGUCUGUGUAUCUCUACUACCACCCUGACUUCUCCUCACUCUCACUGGGCACCUACACUGCUCUCAGGGAGAUCGCCUUCACCAGGCAGUUACAGAAGCAGUCGCCAAAACUUGCCUAUUACUAUCUGGGUUUCUACGUCCAUUCCUGCCCCAAGAUGCGCUAUAAGGGCCAGUACCGGCCAUCAGACCUCCUGUGCCCUGAAACAUAUGUUUGGAUGCCCAUCGAGAGGUGUAUCCCUCGCCUUGAAAUCUCUGCCUACUCCCGUCUUAAUGAAGACGCCAAAGCAGGUGACGCUCAUGCUUUGAAGGAUAUGGGCAGGGCGUUAGUGCUCCACAGGCGGACGGUGAUGCCCUAUGCAGCCUACACCCGGAAGAGGAAGGGUUCUAACGAUGAAAAGGAAGUAGAACAGUACGCCAGUCUGGUGGGCCAGACAUGUGCAGAGAGAAUUCUGCUCUACAGGGCCUAGAGUCUCAUCACAUGUCUCUCUCUCUAUUUGUCUGUCUGUCUCAACAUGCAAUUGCUUGUCCUUCAGAACGCAUGUCUGUUUAUUGUCUCUCUGACUGUUUAUCUUUGUUUCUCUUCUUCCUCGUCCAGAACACUCUCUCCAUCUGCAGUUUCCUUUCUUUUUUUGCACUGGUGUGUGUUGCUUCAUUUACUCCAUCUUUCUCACUUGGUCUGUUUGGACUCCACUUUUAUAUAUCUGGCCAACAAUGCUGUGCAAUCCCAAUUGCUCACAUGCAACAAACAUAACAAAACAGGUACAUAUUUUAUAUCACAAUGUAUUUCAAAAUAUUACUCAUUUACAAGUCACCAAGCAAGAUCUUAAUGGGAUAGUUCACCCCAAAAUGGAAACUGUCACAUUCAUGUUGUUCCAGACUUGAAUGGCUUUCUUUCUUCCAUGGAACACUAGAGGAAAGGUUUUGAAUUGUUUUUUUUUUUUCUUUUUUUCAUACAAUGUAAAGGAGUGGUGUCUGAGGCUAACAUUCUGCUAAACAUCUCCUUUCGUGUUCCAUGGAAAAAAAGAAAGUCAUAUGUGUUUAUAAAACAUUUAGUUUUUUAUUUUGGUUGAACUAACUCUUUAACUAAUAAUGUAUAGUAAGGCAAACCAUAAUUUGGAACAUAUAAAACCUCUGCAUUUUAAGUGAUGCAGGCACUGUCUGUCUGUCUGUUUAUUGUUGGGUAUUUCUCUACCAAUGUUGUCCUUUGAACCAUGCGAAAAUCCUCAACUGACAAACGUUCAGCCUUUGGCAACAGAUCACUGCUCUGCAAAAAAUGUUCAGUGCUCCCAAUAUUGAUAUUUCUCUGAUGUAAGUCUGCAGAAGUAUCCAUUAAUAUCCAAACAGAUUUCCAGAGCAGGUGCUACGUCUACAGCGAAUGCCGGGCGGUUAAAUGAAUUGAUUUUCCUGUGGAACAAUUUUUUUCUUUUCUCACUUUGUCUUUAAGUUUGAGUAAUAGCUUGAGUGCAUUUUGUUUUAAUGUUAUUGUUUUGUUUCAAACAAAAUAAAAAGAAAUUAUGUACUAUAA